GUUGCGGUCUUGCGCCGUGCGCUGUACGAGUGUACGCCAUAUUGCCGCGAGAGUAAAAUCAUUGCCUUGCCAUUGUCCCCGGUUUUCCAAAGUUCUGAAAAGCACGUUAUUUUUAUUGUCACAUCAUGUCUGAUAAUCAGGUGGACAAGCCCGACUCGGCCGCCGGGGACAAAAACUCCGAUUUCAUCAAAUUGAAAGUGGUCGGAAACGAUUCCAAUGAAAUACACUUCAGGGUACGGAUGACCACUCACAUGGGCAAGCUGAAGAAAUCAUAUAGCGAAAGAGUUGGUGUCCCAGUAACCUCUCUCAGAUUUCUGUACGAAGGAAGAAGAAUUCACGAUGAUGAAACUCCUAAACAGCUUGAAAUGGAGAAUGAUGACAUCAUUGAGGUCUAUCAGGAACAAACCGGUGGCACAUGUCUACACUAAAAAUUAUUGUCUAUCACCUACCACAAUUUUUUUUUUUUUUGAAAUUUUUUUUUACACUCAUUCCUUUUAUUUAUAUUUUAUGUGUAAGCCUAUCUGUUGUCUGCAGUAUCCGUAAGGAAUCAUGUUUAUUGAAAUUAGUUAUUGCUGAAGAAUUCUCCUGGUUUCUUCGGUCCAAUUUAUUUGAUCUAAUUGAUUUUGGCUACAAGUGCGAGUCCUUAUUUCAACAAAUUUAAGUAGUCCUUUUUUUUCUCUUUUUGUAUGCAAAGUAUCUCUCAUUCUCAUCCUUGUAUAUUACUGUCUAGUUCCUGAUACCUUGGAAAAACAAUGAACCUUACACUCCACUUUUUUCAAUCUUACUUUUUUUGUAUUUUGUAUUUUAUCUCUUUAACUUUAGAAAUAUAAUCAGUCUGUAAAUACA